AUGCGGCUAUUGUUGCAGCGUUGGAGCCAAACGAUGCGGCACGGGAGCCGCAACGCGCUCGGGAUCGUGAGGCUGCGAUCCUUUCCUGGUUGCCUCUCUGGGUCGGAAAGUCGAUCACACUGGAGGCCAGUCACGGUAUGGAGCACGUGUGCAGCCGUCAUCGCGGCGAGCUUAGCGAGCGUUCAACGCCCGGAAUGGCGACCGUGGCUCUGCUACGCUGAGGCGUCCACCUCGCUAGAAAGUACACACAACUUCACGGCUGCUACGGAAAAAGUUGCACCCUUGAGCGAUGCAGCGGAACCGGCAACAAUACUGUGGAAACAACUGCCUGACUCGCUUGCAGAGCUGCGCAAGGCCGACAUCGUGCUUUACCAAUAUGAAACAUGUCCAUUCUGCAAUAAACUCCGGGCCUAUCUGGACUAUUGGCGAAUACCGUACAAGGUUGUCGAGGUGAAUCCAGUAGGCAAGAAGGAGCUAAAAUUCAGCUCCUAUCGCAAAGUACCCAUUCUGGUGGUGAACGGCACACAACUCAACGACUCUGCUGCUAUUAUCAAAGCACUGGCGCGCAUCACGGACCCGGACCGUGCGUUAAACACGCAAUGGUUCGACUGGAUCGACUCCUGGUUUGUGCACACCUUACCACCAAAUAUAUACCGCACCCGUCAUGAGGCGCUGGAAACGUUUGACUACAUCACGGAAAAGGAGAAAUUCUCGCCGUGGCAGCGCUUCACGAUUCGCUACGUGGGUGCUGCGGCCAUGUAUUUUGUGAGUCGCCGCCUCAAGAAGAAGUAUCAUAUCGUCGAUGAGCGCCAAGCACUCUAUGAUGCAUGUCGUGACUGGCUCCAGGCUGUCGGUUGGCCAGAACGUCGUUUUCUGGGAGGUGCACGACCAUGUGCUGCAGACCUGGCCAUGUUUGGCGUCCUUCGCAGCAUCGAGGGUUUCACAGCGUUUCAUGAGCUCGCGGCCAAUGUGCCGGAGAUCGUUCAAUGGUAUCGGAUCAUGAAGGACCAGGUGGGUCCGUCUGCGCGCAUUGAUUCGAUGUAG